AUAAAUAGAAAGAUGGUGAAUGGGGAAUGGUCGUUGUUCGACAGUUCGUUUAUUGCAGCUGUUCUAGAUAGCAUCCGUCGGUAGACGGGAAAUUUUCGAUAAUUUUUGUAUCACUUUAAAUUUUCGUGCAAGUGAUUCAACGAGUGCAAUACGAUAACGACAGUGAAAUAUCACAUUUUUUACGACAAACAAAAGAAUACGAUAACUUUCGAGCUGUGAUUUAUUCGUGACGUAACUGGACUUGUCGCGAAUAACUGUAGGUGUACCGCUAAAAAAGAUCCUAACGGCCCAUGGUGGCCGUGUUUUUGUCGUCGCGCGACUGACGACGACAAACACAACAUGUGGGAGGUGGACUCUGACAACGGUUCGCACAGCGCGUCCUUGGACGGGCUGCGUCGACGGCAAGGAUGGGAUCCCGAGGCAGAGAGCCUCGCAUCGCAGAUGGACGAGCUCGACGAGGUGCUCGCCGAGGAGGAGGAGGGCUGCCCCCUGCCCUCCACGCCCGAAGAUCAACAUCUGCUUGAUGCCGAAAUGGCCGAAGUCCUGAAAGCUGGCGUCCUCUCAGACGAGAUCGACCUCGGAGCGCUCGCUCACAACGCGGCCGAGCAGGCAGAGGAAUUCGUGCGGAAAGUAUGGGAGGCGUCGUGGAACGUGUGCCACUUCAGACAUCUGCCACGUUGGCUGCAAGACAACGACUAUCUGCACAAGGGCCACAGACCCCCGCUGCCGUCGUUCAGUGCUUGUUUCGCGUCCAUAUUCCGCAUCCACACCGAGACGGGCAACAUCUGGACACAUCUGCUCGGCUGCGUCGCGUUUAUCGGAGUCGCCAUAUAUUUCUUGUCGCGGCCAUCCAUUGAGAUCCAGAUGCAAGAGAAAAUGAUAUUCGGUGUGUUCUUUAUCGGCGCGAUCGUGUGCCUCGGGUUCUCGUUCGCUUACCACACUCUGUACUGCCACUCGGAGAUGGUCGGGAAAUUGUUCUCGAAGUUGGACUAUUGUGGGAUCGCCCUGCUGAUCAUGGGAUCCUUCGUUCCUUGGUUGUACUACAGUUUCUACUGCCAUUACAGACCGAAAAUUAUAUACUUAUCUGUAGUGGUUGUCUUAGGAAUAUUAUCUAUAAUAGUGUCACUUUGGGACAGAUUUUCGGAACCUCGUUUACGACCUUUACGUGCAGGAGUGUUUAUGGGCUUUGGUCUGUCGGGAAUAGUGCCUGCAAUACAUUAUGGGAUAACUGAGGGCUGGUUCAGUCAAGUGAGCAAAGCCUCAUUGGGAUGGUUGGUUUUGAUGGGCCUGUUGUACAUAUUAGGAGCUAUGUUUUAUGCAUUACGUGUCCCAGAGCGCUGGUUCCCGGGAAAAUGCGACAUCUGGUUCCAGUCUCAUCAAAUAUUCCAUGUGUUAGUGAUUGUUGCUGCUUUUGUGCACUAUCACGGUAUCAGUGAACUCGCAUCAUACAGAGUAACGGUUGGGGAAUGCUCCAUGCCUCCAUCAUCAAUUGCAUUUUAGCCAGCCGUCAAACAAAAUGUGAUAAUAGACCAUAGAUAAAUUUAGGUAGAAAUACAAACAUACAAUAGCUUCACUGUAUAUUUUGAACAUGUAAUAUUACUGGAUUUUUGUAAGUUUUUUAUUAAAACCACACAAAUUCUGUGUUAUUGUUUACUUUGUAACAGAGGGAGGCUGAUAUGUUUGGAAAGCUACUUUAGAAUGUUCAAAAGGCCUGUAAGUGGGAGUUAAAUAUGUUUCUUAUUAUUAACUUUAGUUAUUUGUUUAUUUAUUUUUAAAAUUAGGGUUAGAGAUUUUGUAGUUAAAUCAAUUUUGUUUAACACUGCACUGGGAUAUGUAAAAUCAUUUGAUAUACUAACUCGCAUCAUUCUAUUCAUGAUUGUGGUCAGCCUACUCUAUUAAAGAGCUUAUAAAAUUUGUGGUGACAGAAUGUACUUAAUUUGUGUUUGUCUUUUGUCCUUGCACUUAGACUGGUUGCGUAGUUGACAUCAUGAUGGACCACAUGAUGGCCAAAAUCUUCUUGUUCUUCCAUUUCAUGUUAAAUCAUAUUUAAUCUUCCAUUCUAACAUUGGCUAUUAAAUCUACAUGCCUAUUUCUAUGUGCCUCUUGUGUGAUUCUUAGAUAACACAAAACUAUACGUAAUUAGUUUUUUUUUUACAAUUUUAGUUACAUUAAUGUCCAACAUUCGUAAAAUUGAUGUGUUGGCUGUAAAAAUUCAAAGAUUAGUAAAGAAAAUCUUUGAAAUAAUUUCCUCUAAUGUGCAUACUUUAAUAAUGUGUGCUCUUUCUAAAGAAACCAUCUAUAAAUAAACUUUGCCAGAUUCCUUUAUGUUUGACUAUGCCACCUGGUAACAUUCUCUGUUCAUCUCGUAACAACAAACAAGCUUACAAAAACAAACAUUGUAUAAACAGCUAAUAGACAAUGGCUGUAAAACGUAUGUUUUUAAACAUCAUAUUCAAUCAUGUUGAAUGGAAUCUCAUCAAAGGUGUUAACUUGUUACUUUCAUAGUUUGUUUUAUUUUCUAUUGUUUUUUCUUAUAAAUGAGUCACUUCUAGAUGUUUGAUUAUAGAAAGUAUGAAUAAUGAUAACUUAAUAUUUUUGAGUGAUUUAAGUAAUGUAGAUAUAAAUGUAGUGGAAUACUUUCUGUAAUCAACACAAUGUUUUCAAUUUGUAUGGAUUUAUUGAUAACCAGCACUUUAUUCUUAAACAGUUUUAAAAAACAUUCCAUCAUACAAAGUAUAUUUAAAGAUUAUUUAAAUGAAAAAUAUUUUUAUUUGUGUGAAAGAAUAUUCAAUCUGGGCUAAAAUCUAAACAAUAUCUGUGGUCUGCAAUAGGUUAACAAUGUAAACUAAUUCAAAUUAUAUUCUAAAUUGUUAUAAGUGUUCAUAAGUGUAAAGAUUUUAUGAGAAAUAAAAUGUAAAAAAUGUGAUGUAUAUUAAAACUGUGCUCCAUUGUCAUGAGAAGUACAUUAUAUUGAUAUGUUGAGAGGAAUACAAAGCUUAAGAUAAAUUAAACUAAGUACAUAGUAUGUUGAAAGUAAAAUAAUUAGAAAGGUUCAUCUAAAAGUUUAAAUGUAAAGAUGAUGUCUAAACUAAAAUAUGUUAGUGUCUGUUAUAUUGCAGCUUUCUUAAAAAUAUAUUAAGAGAAAAUCCGAGAUCCUAUAUGUGGCAUAUCAAUACAACCUUAUCGGGAUUGGACUGAUGACUAAAGACAAUAUUUAUAAUUGUUUUUUGCUAUGGUAUCUUAUUUGGAACAUUUAAGGACAACGCACAUUUAUCUGUUUCGCAUUGCAACACAAAUCAGGGGUGGAUUUAAGGAACUUAUGGGGAUUGGUAUCCACAUUUGUAUAUUGUAAAAAGAUUAUUCCAUCUUACAAAUUACAAUGCGGUCUACUUGGGUGUGAGUUGCGCUUAAAUGACGUCACACUUAUUGAAAUGCAUUUUAUUUCUACAAUGAUAAUUAAUUUGAUAAACAUUCACGUGUCUACGCACACAAUUUCUCUGUUCUCAAACUGUUGUGGCAUCACUGAAAUUGUUAAGUGCACGAAGGAAAAAAAUAGAUGUUGAAUUGCUUAGAGAAACGCUUUCACUGUUCAUUGUUCUUGAUAUUUGUUGAUUAGUUGUUUUUCUUUGGUGGAAUUAAAAUUAUGCAAUAAAAUUAAAAUAAAAUCAA